UAAGCAUACUAGUGUCACCCUGCCUAGGAGGUUGGCAUUGUUUCUAGUGUAACCUUGGUUAGUAGCUGGAAAAAUGAAAAAUUGGAGAGACAAAAUAGGAAAAAUGAGUAUUUUGUGACUUGGUUUUCUUGGGCAGGUGUAUUUCUGCUGUUAUUGCAGGAAGUGAAUUCGUGAGACUUGAAAGAGAAAAUCAACAGAAGCAGUCUUUUUCAAAUGGCCAUGUUGAUGAGGCAUUAGAUCCUGAGACACAGAACCGUUCUUCGGUGGAGGCAAGCAUUAAGUCCACAAUGCAACUGUUUGUCAAAUUCUCUGCUGGAAUUAUCCUGGAUUAUUGGAAUGAACAUAACAGAUCUCAUAUUGUAGCAAAGCUUAUAUUCCUGGACCAAUUUUGUGAGAUCUCUCCAUACCUGCCAAGAAGCUCGCUAGAAGCCCAUCUUCCUUUCGCAAUUCUCCGCUCCAUAUACACCCAAUACUACUCAAAUUCCUCUCCUGUGCACGUGCAACUUGCAUUGCUCAACACAUCUCCCCGGCAUUCGCCUGCUAUACUUGCGCACACAUCUCCGGCAAUGAGGCAGCCGGGGCCCCGUGAAGAGUCUACUCCACAUUCAACUCUUAAUGAUUCCGGCUAUUUCAAGGCAUCAUCAAGCCAUAACCAAAAUCAGCUAUACGACACUGAAAAUAAAGCUCGGAAUACGAGGCGCUCUGGGCCGUUGGAUUAUAGUGCCAGUGCCACUCGCAAAGUCAAGUUUAUGGAAGGCUCAACAUCAUCAAGCACAGGUCCAAGUCCUUUACCAAGGUUUGCAGUGUCCAGAUCCGGUCCCAUAUCAUACAAGUAGUAGAAACAAGAAUGUACAUUUGCUUCCUGUCAAUGUCAAUAUUUCAAAGUGGAAAUUCAGUCUACUACUAUGCUCAUAUAAUUUUGACGUUUAUUCAUAUUUGGAAAUUGUAGUUUAUUUAUUCAUAGGGGUGGUCAUUCGCUUCAUUUUAAACCGAGUUAAUCGUUUACUAAACUGAAAUACUUAAUCAAAGUGAAAAUUAUAUUUUGAUUUA